UUUAAUAAUUCAUUCAUAUUCACAUUUACAUUCACGAGAUAAACAAACUUAACCAAGCUGUGAUCUAUCAAUUCCAAAACUAUUUUACCUAGGAAAUAGACGUUUUCGCCUCUCGUUCUAGCAUGAAAUUCAGUGUGAACCAUAUCAGGACGUCUGGGAGAAUAGGUUGUCUGACUGGCAUUGAUGCAAUAGCCGGUCAAACCUUACCAACACCCCUUCUUACUGUGUACACGAGGGGAGGCAAUGUACCUCACAUCACACAUGAUGUUCUCCAAAUGAUUACUUCUGAAAAUCUGCUUAUGCACAUGCCUUUGACUACAAUUUUCACAUCUUGUACCAGUAUUGAAUCAUUCGGGAAAGGGCUCUCUGAGUUUGUUGGCCUGAAGGAGUACCCUUCAUAUGUCACACCUCAAGAUCCUGCGGUCUUGACUCCAUCGGGUUAUAAUGAGGCAGACAAAGUGGCCAUUUGGACCAAAAAUGGAAAGAGAAUCGUUGACCCUUCAAGGUAUAUGGCCAUGAUCGAAAGUAUGAAACCUAAUGUGUAUCUAUCACUGUGUGAUGGGGAUACAGAUAGCAAUAGUAGUAAGAAAAGAGUGAGUAAAUGUGUAUCAAGAUCGUCACAUCUGCUCCAAGAGUGCUACAGAUUACACGAAGCAUCAGGGGUGCUGAAGGACUCGGCAUUCCUAGCUCCUAUAGAGGGUGGAUAUGACACACAUGCUAGAAGAGCAUUCUUAGAAGAAUUAAGCAAGUAUGAUGUAUUUGGUUAUGUGUUGGAUGGUCUUCACAAUAACGGACCAGAAGUUGAAAAUAUUAAAUUCAUUUCUGUGGAGUCUAUUGUCACUGAAUGUUUGACUCACCUUCCCAAGGAAAAACUGCGAGUUAUACACGGAGCCUGGAAUCCUGUCACUCUAUUGCAGCUUGUGGCUGCUGGGUUUGACAUGUUUGAUACAUCCUUGCCUUACCUCUCAACUGAACGAGGAUCAGCAUUCACAUUCUUAUUCAAUGAAACCAUGCUUGCCUCAGACCAAACACCGAAGGGAAACUCUGAUGGUCUUUGGUAUGAGAUCUGUCUGGAAGAUGUCUCAUACAAAGAAGUAUUUGAGCCAAUCUCAAAGGACUGUGAGUGUCUUGCUUGCAAAAAUCAUACAAAAGCAUAUAUUCAUCAUCUUCUUACAUCCCAUGAAUUGUUGGGGAGAGUUCUUCUUAUGAUCCAUAAUUUUCACCAUUAUCUGGAAUUCUUCAAGUCUAUCAGAAGAGCCAUUGAAAACGACAGUUUAGAUUCACUCAUUGCUUUAGUUCAAAGCCAAUCACCAUGUACUUAAUUAAUGUAUAAGGUCAGUUGAAAACACCACAGUAGAUUUGACUUAGGGUACAGAUGUUAAUUCAUCAUUCAUAAAAAAUAUCCACAAUUA